ACUAAAUUCAGUAUACUCAAAAACCCAUUUCACCAUUUUCAUAAAAACAUAAAAAGUUCCAAUCUUUUGGCUUUUUGAGUGUUGAAUACAUCAUACACAUUUGUAAGUUAUUGUUGUUGAUGUGUGGUUAAAAAAAUGCGAACAGAUUUUGGGCGUUCAAUAGUUAGUAUGAAACGAGAAUCAGUUGUUCAUUCAAUAGAUCAUGAAACACAAAAUCAAGAUAAUGAAAUUGAAGCCUUUCAAAGACAGGUAUACCAAAGAUUUCAUGAUUUGUGUUUACUUGAUAUAUCUUCAUCUUCAUGUGAACUUUUAUCUGUUUCUUGGAUAUCAAAGUUAUUAGAUGUUUUCUUGUGUUGUCAAGAAGAAUUUAAAAUGAUAUUGUAUAAUAAUAAGUCAUUGAUGAGUAGACAACCCAUGGAUAAGUUGAUUAAUGAGUAUUUUGAAAGGAGUGUAAAAGGUUUGGAUGUAUGUAAUGCUAUUAGAGAUGGGAUUGAACAAAUUAGGCAAUGGAUGAAACAAUUGGAAAUUGUUUUAUGUGGUUUAGAUAAUGAGAAAAGUCUCGGGGAAGGCCAAAUUCGUAGAGCAAAAAAAGCUUUGAUUGACUUAGCUAUUGGGAUGCUUGAUGAGAAAGAUUCUAGUAGUACUAAUAAUCUUGGUCAUAGAAACCGGUCAUUUGGGCGGUAUCAAAAGGAUUCACAAGGGCAUAAGUCUUUAAAGAAUUUUAGAUCUUUAUCUUGGAGUGUUUCGAGAUCCUGGUCCGCUUCGAAACAGCUCCAAGCGAUUGGGAACAACAUUGUUGUUCCCAAAAGUAGUGAAGUUAUUGCAAGUAAUGGACUUGCAGUGGCUGUUUAUACAAUGAGUCAUGUGUUUUUGUUUGUGAUGUGGGCUUUAGUUGCUGCAAUCCCUUGUCAAGACCGUGGGUUACAAUCACAUUUUAGUGUGCCUAAGAAUUACGUUUGGGCUGGGCCGAUUCUCUCGUUACACGAGAGGAUUUUGGAAGAAUCCAAGAAGCGAGAAAGGAGGAACACUUGUGGUCUUUUGAAGGAGAUUUAUGGGAUUGAGAAAUCCGCUCGUCAUAUGAAUGAAUUAACCGAUUCAAUUCAGUUUCCAAUUAGUGAAGAAAAGGAAGAAGAGGUUAGGGAAAGAGUGGAGGAGUUGAAGAUUGUUUAUGGAGCUUUGAAGAAUGGAUUGGAUCCAUUGGAGAAGCAAGUGAGGGAAGUGUUUCAUCGAGUUGUUAAAAGUAGAACCGAAGGGAUUUAUUCGAUUUCAAGAGGAAGCGACUGAUCAAUGGUUUGAGCUUUUCAUUCCAUUUGUUCUGUUAUCUUUUUCUGUUGCAAACAAAUCAUCCUUUAUAUAUUUUCAAGAUGCAAGAAAAACACUCUUUUUUCUGCAAGAAUGAGUGAACUAAUGUAAAUGUUUAGAAUCCCAUAUUUAUAUAUUUGCAUUCUUGCUUAAA